AGAGAGAGAGAGAGAGAGAGACUGACCUUUUUUUAUCUCUAAUCAGAAAUGAAGACACAAAAAAGGUCAUCUGGGAAUCCCUCCUCCUCCUCCUCCUCCUCCUCUUCCUCCUCCUCCUCCUCCUCCUCCUCCCUCUUCUUCAGGUCCUCGGUUCUCCUCUUCCUCCUCUUCCUCUAUUUUGCAAGACUGGUCGGCGGUGGUCGGCUGGGGCUCUCCGACGUUCUCCCGACCGCUUACGACCGUCUUGUCCCGCCGAAGGAGAAAGGGAAGCCGACUGCUGUUUUCUUCCAUGUCACAAUAAUGAGCAUUGACUCCAUUAGUGAAUCUGCCCCGGACCAUGGGCAGCAUAUUGAAUUAUACACAGAAAAUACAGUGUCAAGUUACGACGUAGGACAUACCCAGUCAUCCGGGACGUUUGUAGCCGAUAUCUUCUUUGCCCAAUCCUGGCGCGACCAUCGUUUGAAGUUACCUGCAAAUAUGACCAAGGAUUACAGGUUACUGGAUCUGGACUGGCUGGAACAUCUGUGGCGCCCAGACAGUUUUUUCAAGAACGCGCGCGAGGUCAAAUUUCAAACCAUGACCGUCCCAAACCAUUACAUCUGGCUCUACAAGAACUUCACCCUCCUCUAUAUGGUCAAGCUGACUCUCACUCUAACUUGCGCCAUGAGCUUCGUGGUGUACCCUCACGACACCCAGGAGUGUAGGAUGCAGAUGGAAAGCCUUUCCCACACCACCGAGGACCUUGUGUUUCUCUGGGAGGACAAGAUUCCUUUGGCCGUGGACGACAACAUUGAACUCCCGCAGCAAGAACUCAUCAGCAACACGACCUCUACAUGUACCCAGGUUUAUACGACUGGUAACUUCUCCUGCCUCGAGGUCGUCUUCAGGCUCAAACGAAGACUUGGUCAUUACCUGUUCCAUACUUACCUGCCGACCUGUCUUAUUGUUAUUAUGUCCUGGGUGUCAUUCUGGAUCCGCCCUGAAAUCGCCCCCGCCCGCGUGACCCUCGGCGUGACCUCCCUGCUGACCAUGUCCACGCAGCACGCCCGCUCCCAGGCCGCCCUCCCGCCCGUGUCCUACAUCAAGGCCAUAGACGUGUUCAUGUCGGCCUGCACCGUGUUCGUGUUCCUGGUGCUGAUGGAGUACGCGGUGGUCAGCGUCAUUAUGAGCGACGAGGCGCGGGACAGGAAGCUUCGGUCAUGCGCCAAGCACGGCAGCGCCAAAAUCAACUUCACGACCGUCAAGCAAAGACGAGCUCAGGCCAUCAAAGUUGACAAGCUUGCAAGAUACAUAUUCCCAACCUCCUUUGUCCUGCUUAACCUGCUGUACUGGGCGACCUUCUGGGAGUACCUGUAGUAGUAGUCGUAGUAGUAGUAGUAGAGGUGGUAGUAGAGGUGGUAGUAGUAGUAGUAGUAGUAGUAGUAGUAGUAGUAGUAAAGUCUGUAA